UAUUAGUAGAAGUCCUCAUAAUUUCAAGUUCCUUUUCUCUUGUUUUCUCAUAUAGCUAGGGAAUAAAAGUCAAGUAAUGGGUGCCAAAGUUCUCUUUAUUUUAUUUAUGUUCCUUGCUUUAUGUUCAGCCUUCCCGGGCAAGAAGAAGCAAUACACACCAUGCAAACAGUUGGUGCUGUAUUUUCAUGAUAUUAUUUACAAUGGAGUGAAUGCAGGAAAUGCAACGUCUGCAAUAGUAGCUGCUCCAGAAGGUGCUAAUUUAACAAAAUUGGCAGGUCAGUUCCACUUUGGAAACAUAGCGGUUUUCGAUGAUCCCAUCACAGUGGAUAAUAACCUUCACUCCAAACCCGUUGGGAGGGCACAAGGUUUUUACAUUUAUGAUACCAAAAAUACUUUUACUUCUUGGCUUGGAUUUACAUUUGUUCUUAAUAGCACAGAGCAUGAGGGAACCAUAACCUUCGCUGGAGCUGACCCCAUUUUGCAGAAGAGCAGAGAUAUCUCAGUGACUGGUGGAACUGGAGACUUCUUUAUGCACAGAGGAAUUGCAACCAUUAUGACUGAUGCAUUUGAAGGCGAUGUUUAUUUCCGGCUUCGUGUUGAUAUUAAGUUCUAUGAGUGUUGGUGAUAUAAAUUAAUAGUCCUUCCUACUUGCUAGUCAAUAAAUUAAAUAAAGCGAUUAAUAGUGUACCUUUCAAGUUGAACUUAAUCAAGUGUUCUGGACUGGAUGUGUACGCUUCGCCUUCUACUUCC